AUGUCGGCUUCUUUCGGAAUUUCAUCUAGCUUCAACAUCUUCCCAUCACUGCUGACAAAUGUAGCAAUAACACCUGCUAAUCCUGCUCACAAUGGCCGUGUGUGCAGCACGUGGGGCAACUUCCACUUCAAGACCUUCGACGGGGACAUAUUCACCUUCCCUGGGCUCUGUAAUUACGUUUUUGCCUCCCACUGCAACGCUCCCUAUGAGGAUUUCAACAUCCAGAUUAGGCGUGAAGUGGUGGCAAACACUCCGACAAUCAACCGCAUCACCAUGAAACUCGAAGGUGUCGUUGCCGAGCUAACAAAAGAUGCUGUCAUGGUCGAUGGCAACAGAGUUCAACUGCCAUAUAGUCAAUCUGGUAUUACGAUAGAGAAGAGCAGCAUUUAUGUGAAAGUUGGCAGCAAAAUCGGUGUUGUGUUAUUGUGGAAUGAAAAGGACAGCAUUCUGCUGGAAUUGAAUGAGAAAUAUGCCAAUCAGACUUGUGGACUUUGUGGUGACUUCAAUGGCUUUCCCAUAUACAAUGAGUUUAUUUCAAACAAUAUUAAGAUGACAGCCUUGCAGUUUGGGAAUCUGCAGAAAAUGGAUGGGCCAACAGAACACUGUGAAGAUGCCACUUCUGUCCCAACAUAUAACUGCUCUGAUGAUCUUGAUGACAUAUGCGAGAAAACGCUGACCAGCUCUGCAUUUGCCGACUGUAAUGACCUAGUUGAUAUUAAAGACUACAUUAAGGCUUGCCAAGAUGACUUGUGCAGCUCUGAAGAAUCUAAAAACAGCUCAUGCAUCUGUGACACCAUUGCCGAGUACUCCAGGCAGUGUGCUCAUGCUGGUGGGCAGCCCCUGGACUGGAGAACUUCAAAACUGUGCCCCAAGACGUGUCCUUACAACAUGCAGUACCAGGAGUGCAACUCCCCCUGUACUGACACAUGCACGAAUCCUGAACGAUCUCUGUUUUGUGAGGAACACUGUAUCGAUGGCUGUUUCUGCCCCUCAGGGACUGUAUUUGAUGACAUCAACAAUUCUGGCUGCAUUCCCCAGCAGGAGUGCUCCUGUAUUUACAAUGGCAAAACCUAUGCUACAGGAGCUUCUUUUUCAGAACCAUGCCAGACCUGUACCUGUAAUGGGGGCCAGUGGAGCUGCCAAGACAAGUCCUGCCCAGGAACGUGCUCCGUAGUGGGAGGUUCCCACAUUUCCACCUAUGAUACGAAGCACUAUGAUCACCACGGAGACUGCACCUACGUCCUCUCUAAGGACUGUACAGAUGAAAAAUUUACCAUCCUGGCAGAACUACGCAAGUGUGGCCUGACUGACACUGAGACCUGCCUGAAGUCAGUGACCCUCAACAUGAAUAAAGGACAAACUAUCGUGGAGGUCAAACCUGAUGGCGGUGUGUUUGUGAACUCCAUCUACACCCAGCUGCCCAUUUCAGCAGCUAAUGUCACCAUGUUCAGACCUUCCUCAUUCUUCAUGAUCAUGGACACAAGCUUUGGCGUCCAGGUUGAAGUGCAGUUCACACCCGUGAUGCAAGUGUUUGUGCGUCUGGAUGCUUCUUUCAAAAACCAGACUUGUGGUCUCUGUGGAAAUUUCAAUAACAUCCAAACUGACGACUUCAAAGUCAUAAGUGGAAUAAUUGAAGGAACAGCAUCAGCAUUUGCUAAUACAUGGAAAACUCAGGCUUCAUGCCCUAAUAUCCAGCAGAGUUUUGAGAAUCCUUGUGCACUCAGCAUUGAUAAUGAAAAAUACGCUCAGCAUUGGUGUGGACUUCUCACUGACAGCACAGGACCUUUUGCUGCUUGUCACUAUGCAGUGAAUCCUGCUGUUUACCACACGAACUGCAUGUUUGACACAUGUAACUGUGAAAAUAGCGAGGACUGUCUGUGUGCAGCUCUGUCUGCCUAUGUGAGAGCUUGUGCUGCAAAAGGAAUCCAGCUGCAGGGAUGGAGAACUGAUGUCUGCACAAAAUACACCACCACAUGUCCCAAAUCCCUGAGUUACAGCUAUACCAUCUCUUCCUGCCAACCCACCUGCCGCUCUCUGAGUGAGCCUGAUGUCACAUGCAAUAUUAAGUUUGUCCCAGUUGACGGCUGCACCUGUGUAAAUGGAACCUACAUGGAUGAGAGUGGCAAAUGUGUGCCUGCUAAUGAGUGCCCCUGCUACUACAAAGGAUCUCCUAUACCAUUUGGAGAAGUGGUCCAUGAAAAUGGGCGUGUAUGCACUUGUGUCCAGGGAAGACUGAAUUGCAUUGGAGCACCAAAUCCAACUUCAGUCUGUGAAUCUCCCAUGGUCUACUUUGACUGUAAAAACAGCACAGCAGGAACAACUGGAGCAGAAUGUCAAAAAAGUUGCCAGACUCUGGAUAUGCAGUGUUAUAGCUCACAAUGUACAUCUGGCUGCAUAUGCCCAGAUGGGCUUGUGUUAGAUGGGAAUGGUGGUUGUAUUCCUGAAGAGGAAUGUCCAUGUAUUCACAAUGAAGCCAUGUAUCAGCCUGGGGAAAAGAUUGACUUCGACUGUAACACCUGUGUAUGCAAGAAUAGGAAGUGGGAGUGUACCAAAGAUCAAUGUCUGGGCACUUGUGCUGUUUAUGGAGAUGGUCAUUAUAACACCUUUGAUGACAAAACGUUCAGCUUCAAUGGAAACUGUGAAUACACACUAGUCCAGGACCACUGUGGCAAAAGUGGCACAGUCAACGGGACCUUCAGGGUUGCCACUGAAAAUGUUCCCUGUGGCAACACUGGGACAACUUGCUCAAAGUCUAUCAAAGUUUUCUUAGAGAGCUAUGAACUGAUCCUUGGCGAAGAGCGUGUCAGUGUCGUAAAGAGAGGGCAGAAUGACGAGGUGCCAUACACAGUCCGCUAUAUGGGGAUGUACCUGGUAAUUGAGACCAAAAGUGGGCUGAUCCUCAUGUGGGACAAGAAAACCAGCAUCUUCAUCAAGCUCAGCCCUCGUUUCAAGGGCCAGGUCUGUGGUCUCUGUGGAAAUUAUGAUGGCAACAGCGUCAAUGACUUUACUACAAGGAGUCAAUCUGUAGUAGAGAAUGUCCUAGAGUUUGGAAACAGCUGGAAAGUAUCCUCUACGUGCCCUGAUGCUGCCAGUGUCAAGGACCCAUGUUCUACCAACCCUUAUCGGAAGUCCUGGUCAGAGAAGCAGUGUAGCAUCAUCAACAGCAAUGUCUUUGCUGCCUGUCACUCUCAGGUUGAACCAGCAAAAUAUUACCAAGCAUGUGUGACAGAUGCUUGUGCCUGUGACACUGGAGGAGACUGUGAUUGCUUUUGUACAGCAGUAGCUGCCUAUGCUCAAGCAUGCAGUGAAGUUGGUGUAUGCGUAGCCUGGAGAAGCCCAACAAUUUGUCCACUGUUCUGUGAUUACUACAAUCAGCAAGGAGAAUGUGAAUGGCACUAUAAGCCUUGUGGUGCUUCCUGUAUGAAGACCUGUAAGAACCCAAGUGGAAAAUGUCUCAAUGACCUGCCAGGUUUAGAAGGCUGCUACCCUAACUGCCCACCAGACAAGCCAUAUUUUCAUGAGGAUCAGAUGAAGUGUGUUAGUCUCUGUGAUUGUUAUGAUGAUGAAGAUGGAAAGAUAUACCAGCGAGAUGAAUGUAGUAUAUGUGAGUGCACAUCAGAAGGUUUACAGUGCAAGUUCGAUGAUAAAGCCUGCAACUGCAUUUAUGAAGGGAAUAGCUAUAAAUAUGGUGAACUCAUCUACAACACCACAGAUGGAACUGGAUGGUGUUUCAGUGCAACAUGCGAUGUCAAUGGAACAAUAAGCAGAAACAUCUUUAAAUGUGGCAUUUUUACAACAACCCCAUUUACAUUUUCCACAAACUUAUGUUUCCUCCUUUCAAUUACAGAAAUUACAACUGCAACACCAGUGACAACUGUAUGUGUGAAAAAUGUCUGUGUGUGGUCAGAAUGGUAUGAUUCCACUCAGCCUGAAAACAAAGAGGACAGUGGAGAUUAUGAAACAUAUCAAAAUCUCAAGGAUAAAGGGUACAGUGUCUGUACAAACCCAAGCGAUGUUCAAUGCAGAGCCAAAGAAUACCCAGAUACUGAAAUUACCAACCUUAACCAAACAAUAGAGUGUAGUCAAAGCAGAGGAUUAAUAUGCAAUAACCAGGACCAAGAAUCCAAGCAGUGCUAUAAUUAUGAAAUCAGAAUCUCAUGCUGCAGAUACAUACCA